UCCCCCUGUCCCCGUGUCCCCUCAGGGUGUCUCCAAGCCCUUCACCGAAGUCAUCAAGGCCAACAUCGGUGACGCGCACGCCAUGGGCCAGCAACCCAUCACCUUCCUCCGCCAGGUGGCCGCGCUCUGCCUGUGCCCGGAGCUCAUGAAGGACUCGUCCCUCCCCAGGGACGCCAAGGAGCGAGCGUGGCGACUUCUCUCGGCCUGCGGUGGCCAGAGCGUGGGUUCCUACAGCGCCAGCCCCGGCGUGCAGAUGGUGCGGGAGAACGUGGCGCGCUACAUCGAGCGGCGCGAUGGUGUCCCCGCCAACCCCGACGACAUCUUCCUGUCCACGGGCGCCAGCGACGCCAUCGUGAUGGGGACCCCAGAAGUGGGACCCCAAAACUGGAUGGGAACCCCAGAGAAGUGGGAGCCCAAAACUGUUCAGGGACCCCAAGUCUGGACGGGGACCCCAGAAGUGGAUGGGGACCCCAAAACUGGAUGGGGACCCCAGAAGUGGGAGCCCAGUUUUGGGGUGCCCAAGUCCCCCGUGGUGUCCCCAGGCCAGGUGCAGAGCCGGGAAUGCAUCGAGGACGUCAUCAAGUUCGCCUACGAGGAGAAGCUUUUCCUCAUGGCCGACGAGGUGUACCAGGACAACAUCUACGCCAAGGGCUCGGCCUUCUACUCGUUCAAGAAGGUCCUGAAGGAGAUGGGGCCGCCCUACUCGGAUUCGGUGGAGUUGGCCUCCUUCCACUCCAUCUCCAAGGGAUACAUGGGAGAAGAAUUCCCAGAUUCCCGUCCCAUUUUCCGGCAGGAGAAGGAGGCCGUGCUCAGCGCCCUGGCGGAGAAGGCGCGGCUGACACAGGAGAUCUUCAACCGCACCCCGGGGAUCCACUGCAACCCCGUGCAGGGAGCCAUGUACUCCUUCCCCCGGAUCGACCUCCCGGACAGAGCCCUGGCCGCCGCCAAGGAGAAGCAGCAGGCCCCGGACAUGUUCUUCUGCAUGAGGCUCCUGGAGGAAACCGGGAUCUGCGUCGUCCCGGGAAGCGGCUUCGGACAGAAGGAAGGCACCUUCCACUUCCGGUGGGUUCCUGGGCUGGAAUUCCCUGAUUUUGGGGGGAUCUCACCCCAAAUUCCCUGAUUUGGGGAUCCCCCA